AUGGGUAUCAUCUCGAUCCUUCUGCCUUCAUUGGCAGCGUUCCUUCUCUUUCAAUGGGCCAUCAGCGCCUGGCGGGCCUACAAUUCCCCGCUCUCCGCUCUACCAGGACCUUGGUAUGCGCCUUUCACCAACAUCCACCUACAGAUUGGCUUUGCCCGAGGCACAGUCUGGAGGCAAGUCGAAGCUGCACACGCAAAGUACGGCGGCAUGAUGAGGUUGGGACCUCGUCAGAUCUGGGUCUCCGACAAAGUGGCUCUGAAGCAGAUCAUCUCGCAAAUCGAUCUCAACAAGGUGAUGAUGUACGCCGAGAUGAGCAGGGACAAGAACAGCGCUGUGCAGAAUAUACGACCUGAUCCAAGCACUCAUCAAUUGACAUACGACAGCAUCGGAGAAUGCGCAUUCGGUCGAGGCUUUGGAUCUGUUGCUCCAGACACCGAGCCCGAGCCUGGUUUCAGCAAGGAACAGUGGCAGAAGAUCCCAGAUAACAUCGCCAAGGGUUUGAGCAUGAGAUAUGCGAUUGUAUUUCUCAAGCGAUCCCUGCGCAAGCUUGGUAUUCACAUGGAGUUCGACUGGCCGGCAGAGAUGGUGGCGGUAACAGGCCGCCAGGACUUGGUGCAGCAUCUGAUCGACAAUGGAGUCCGACCAGACAACGGCCAAAAGAUGAGCGCCCGCGACAUUUUGGAUCAACUGUCCGAGUUGAUGCUGGCGGGUGCGGAGACGACUUCCGCAACCAUGUGCUACUUCAUGAUGGAGCUGGCUCGCAAUCCCGAUGUCCGCAAGAAACUGUUCAAGGACUUGCCCGCUCUCGGCUUGGACGACCCGUUGAUCACUGGCGUGGAAGUUCGACAGGAUCCCCGAUUUGCAUAUCUGACGGCUUGCAUGCAAGAAAACCUCCGAAUGCAUCCUAUCGCUUCCGAGUUUGGUCGCCGCACAACAGACAAGCCCGUCGUCUUGAAUGGCUUCGAGGUACCUCCAUACACGGUGGUGUCGGCUUCCUACAGAGCGUUGCACUAUAACGAGGAGUACUGGCCUCAACCUCACCGCUUCUGGCCCGAGCGUUUCUUGCCCAUCGAUCACCCCUUGAAAGGAGACGCUCCAAACGCAGAUACUUCCGCAUACUACCCCUUCUCAAGCGGCAAGCAUUCCUGCGUCGGCAUGAACUUUGCAUGGCAUGAGAUGAGAGUCGUGCUCGCGAAUUACUGUGCUCGCUUUGAUAUCACGGAGGAGCCAGGUCAGAAGGAAGAUAUUCGGCAGUAUAUUACCAUGCAGUUCCAUGACGGGAAUUGGAAUGCGAGGCUUUAUCCGAGGUUGUAG